AUGGAGAAUGAAGAGAAUGAUGAUGAGCACCUGACGGAGAGCGAGCUGGGCACCAAGGCCUACUGGGAGGACUUCUACCAGGCGGAGCUGGAGAACUUCGUCGACUCGGGCGACCAGGGCGAGACGUGGUUCGGCCGGCGGAACACCAACAUGAUCAUCCAGUGGAUUGCCGACAAUGUCCCCAAGGAGGCCUCCAUCUGCGACGUGGGCUGCGGCAACGGGUACAUCCUCUCACAGCUGGCCACUCGCCACUCCUUCCUCAAUCUGCUGGGCAUCGACUACUCGCCUAAGGCAAUCGACUUCUGCCGACAGCUGUACAAAUCAACUGCACCCGCCAUACAGUUCAAAGUGGUGGACAUUCUCAGCUCAUCAGACUCUUCCUCCUCCUCCUCCUUUCCUGCCUGUGACGUUCUCGUGGACAAGGGCACCUACGAUGCGAUUGCCCUGAUGCCCGACGGUGACCUGGCGGCGAAUCGCCGCCUCUACCGCUCCUUUGUGCUCAACCAUCUCACCGAAAACGGCCACCUGGUCAUCAUGUCCUGCAACUUUACUCGAGGGGAACUGUGUCGCUUUCUGCUGCUGCAGCUGCCGUCACCAGCAGGUGACCUGACACUGGUACAUGAGUUCGCCACGCCGAAGCUGUCCUUUGGCGGAAAGGUGGGCAGCCAGGUGACGGGGCUGGUGUUGAAGAAGAGCCAAGAAAAUAAAGAGUGA